UAGAUUGUUUUUUUUUUUGAGUAUACAUUGGGAAACGAAUAUCCAAACUAAAACAAUAUCUACAGUUCCUUUUACACACUUUACUAGUAUAUUGACAUGGUGAUUUAUAAAUGUUCGACCAACUAACUAAACAAUGAACACAUUCAACCGCAAACACCAGCUUCUAGAUCGUCAAAAUGGGACUCAUCAUCAUGGUCAUGGUGAUGGGCAUACUAGUGGCAUCAUCACCGUCCGAUCAAACGGAUGUCCUCACUCCUCUUUGCAUCAGUGAAUGCUCUACGUGUCCCACCAUUUGCUCUCCUCCUCCCUCCAAACCGUCUCCCUCCACGUCACCGCCUCCAUCUCCCUCAUUGCCAUCAUCCUCUCCGCUACCGCCACCACCUCCAUCUCCCUCAUUGCCGUCAUCAUCACCGCCACCGCCUCGCAAACACUCUCCACCAGCGGUUUCACCUCCACCGUUAAUCACAGUCAUCCAGCCGCCACCACCAAGAUUUUACUAUUUUCAGUCCACACCGCCACCUUCACCGCUUUCUUCCGAUGUAAAAGGCUCGCCACCAUCACCUCCGUCGCCAAAGGGACAGCCAAAGGGGCAGCAGGAUCCUAACCCAUAUCCUUAUUUCUAUUUCUACACGGCAUCAAAUGCCACUUCUCUCUUUUCUUCUUCUUUCUUGACUUCUCUUUUCUAUUUUCUCUAUCUUUUUUGCUUAACGAUUCGUUAGUGAUAUACUAUUGUUUUUUUUUCAUUUUUUGGUGUAAUAUAUGAUUGCUUUUUCAUCAAAUGGGAUAAUCGUUUAUCAUUUUACGUA